GCUAGAUGGCGACACUUGAUCACUUCCACGUAAAAAAUGGCGGACUGCAAGGAGAACAAAGAAGAGACGAAUAGACCAUCGUAUAUUUUGAAGGUAGAUCCACCGCAAGAGUCACCAGGUGAGUCACCUGAAAAUUCCACCAGUGAAGAAAUGGAGAGUCCACCAGCAGAAAACAACACCCAGGAAUCACCCUCAAGUUCGACCAAACCUGUAUUAGCUGCUCCUAAAUUUGGAACAUCAUUUGGAAGUAGUAAUACUUCCAAGUCUUUAGUUAAGAACAGAUCAUCCUUCACAUUACGGCAUUCUCAAUUGAAUGCAGUAACAAAUAAUCCACCUACUACCAAAAUGUACCUACAACCAGCUAAAUUUCAAAAUCCAUGUACAAAAGUUACAGAUAAUUUUUUAGAAGAAAAGAAUGAAUUAAUAAAGGAAAAUAAUAAAACAGAAACAAAAAAAGACAAGAUUGAAGAAAAGGAAGACAAGAGUGAAAAAGAGAAUGAUAAUAGUGAAGUAGAAGAAACUAAGAGUGAAAUAAAAGAAUCUAAAAGUGAAGAGAAACCAAAUGAGGAAGUAAAGCCUACCUUCCUGAUGUUAGGCGAGAGUACAAAGGAUAAUGUAAAUAUUACAGUAACACCUUGUGCUUCAGAACCAAAUUUUGUAUUUGGUCAGAACUUGCAGGAACGUGUUAUGAUUGCGAAUGAUGCAGAAAGUUCAGAGAAGGCAGAAGGUGAAAAGAAGGAGGAGAAGAAAGAAGAAAGCACAAAUGAAAAUGGUUCUACGGAGCUUCUCUUUUCCAAUGCAUCAGCAGCAUGUCGUACUACCUCUAAACCAGGACUAACAUUGACUGAAGCAGCUCAAGAAUUGGAAGAAGCAAAUCGUGCUAAUAAGAGGAAGUACAGUCAAGUGACACCAUUAACUGGUGAAGAAGGAGAAACAAAUGUUCUCCAGAUUAACUGUAAAUUUUUCGCAUUUGAUAAGGCUAGUGGUGGCUGGCAAGAAAGAGGUAGAGGUACAUUGAGGCUCAAUGAUCGUGAUGAAGAAUCUCGUUUAGUAGGGCGUACUGCAGGAACACAGAGAUUAAUUAUGAAUACAAAAAUAUGGCCAGGAAUGACUGCAGAACGUGCAGCACCCAAAUCGUUAAGAUUAACAGCGAUGGAAGUUCAAGGCAGUAUUAGAAUUUUUAUUAUUCAAGCUGCGCCCAAGCAUGUGGAACAACUUCAUAACUUAUUGCAACAACGACUAAAACGUGCACAGGAACGUCAACCGAAGAAACUAGCAUUUUCUAGGCAAUCUGACCACUGACAAUCAUUCAGUUGUUCUUGCGAGCAGUUCGCUAAUUAUUAUCUAAAUUCAUGUGACGCUGAAGUUGCUAAUACGUGAAAAAAUCUGGGAAACUACGUCGAAGUUAUCAGGCCCUAUUUGUUUCUAGAGUAAUUCCUACACAAUAGAACUAUGGCUAUGAUUCGCGCUUCUUUCCCUGUGGAAGUUCUUAAGUCUUGAUGGUACAUCCCGUGGUGCAUUAAUGUUUGCAGGCAGACAAGACAAAAAAGGCGAAAAAACAAAAUCGAAUUUUUUCUGGUAUAUAUUUUCUAAUCAUUCCCAAUUGAUAAUUCUUCUUUUACACGGAUUUCAAGCAGCGUUUUUUAAAAGGAACCGAGGAAAGCACUAGUUAGGAAUUUUUGAUAAUAGCAUAAUACGAAGAUGUACACACAGAUCAAUUGUGAAACUGUUGUAAACUUGAAAGAAGAACGGCGUUUUUAGUUUUUAGUGAUCAGUGAAGUAUUCUUUGUAAAAUUCACUUCAAUUUUUAUUGUAGCGAU